AAAUUGAAUUUCUAGCCCUCAAAACGUGAAAGAAGACAGUGGCCCGAAUCCUGUGACGGACGUUAUACUCGACACCUCUUCGAGCGGUGUAUCUUCCUGCUAUUAUUUGCGCUGUUUGCUGUUCAACUCGAUCAUUAUUGUGUGGGUGUCUCUUAUUACAGCAUUCAAUGAGAAUUCCAGUACUCCUUUCAUGGCUUUUCUUCAUGCCCAUAUGCUUACUUUCUAUCAGCUUCUAUGUUCCUAUGGUUUGCGGCAAAUGUCUUAGCAAUCAGAAAUUCUUGUUGCUCCAAUUGAAGAAUAGCCUCAUUUUUGACAAUGCUCUGUCCACAAAACUUGUGCACUGGAACAAAAGCAUCGAUUGUUGCUCAUGGGAAGGCGUGACCUGCAACAAGGGACGUGUUAUUGGUCUCGACCUCACCAAUGACUCUAUCUCAUGUCGACUUGACAAUUCAAGCAGCCUGUUCAAGCUUGAAUAUCUUCAGAAUCUGAAUUUAGCAUACAACAAUUUCAGCAGUUCUGAGAUUCCUUCAGAAAUUAACAAAUUGUCGAAUUUGGUUUAUUUAAACCUUUCGAAUACUGGGUUUGAAGGACAAAUUCCAAUUACAAUUUCGCAUUUAAAAGGAUUGGUUAGUCUCGAUUUAAGAGCUCAGUUGAUGACCUACGGCUACUUUAUGUUGAUGCUUGAGAAUCCAAAUCUAAAUAUGCUUGUUCAAAACCUUUCCAAGCUUACGGAACUUUAUCUCGAUGGUGUGGAUAUAUCGAUGCAUGGGUAUGAGUGGGGCCCAACAUUAUCAUUUUCACUACCAAAUCUAAGAGUGUUGAGCUUGUCAAGUUGUAAUCUGUUAGGGCCUUUUGAUCCGUCCUUGGCGAAUCUUGAAUCCCUCUCUGUUAUUGAUAUAAGCAAUAAUAGAUUAUGUGCUCCGAUUCCUGAUUUUUUUGCAGACUUCAAAAAUUUGACAACCUUGGAUUUCAGUGACAAUUUGUUGAAUGGCAAAUUUCCAGAAAGGAUCUUUCAAAUUCCGUCAUUGAAAAAGGUUGACCUGUCAAAAAAUCAAGAACUUGAAGGUUUCUUUCCAGAUUUUCCUUUGAAUGGAUCUCUUCAAACCCUACUCCUUAGCGUUACAAAGUUUUCAGGGUCAUUACCAUAUUCUAUUGGGAAUCUCAAAUUAUUGUCUGAACUCGAUCUUUCUUAUUGCAAUUUCAGUGGAGAAAUUCCAAAAUCAAUGGCAAAUCUAACCGAAUUGUUUCAUUUGGAGUUGUCAAUGAAUAGAUUCAAUGGAUCAAUUCCAUCAUUAAGCAUGAGCAAGAAUCUGAGAAGAAUAAUCCUUCAAGACAAUGAUUUAACAGGUCAGAUUACUUCCACUCAAUGGGUAGAUCUUUUGAAUUUGGAGGCUCUUGAUUUGAGUUACAAUUCACUAGAAGGGAGUAUUCCAGUUUCUCUUUUUUCCCUUCCAUCAUUGCAAGAAUUAUCCCUUCAAAACAAUCGAUUUUCUGGCCAACUUGAUGAAUUUUCAACUGCUCCUUCUUACCUAUUGAGUCGUCUUGAUUUAAGUCACAACAACUUGGAAGGGAAAAUUCCCAUGUCUCUGUUCAAAAUACCUUCUCUUGUGGAGCUUGAUCUUUCUUCGAAUAACUUAAAUGGCUCUUGGCAGUUUAGCAUGACUCAAAAAUUAAAGCAUCUUACCUCUCUUGAUCUUUCAUACAAUGAUCUCUCAAUUGAAUUUAGUGGAAUUAAUUUUUCACUAUUCUCUUUUCCCAAGUUUUCAACUUUGAGAUUGGCUUCUAACAAGUUGAAAAUAUUUCCAUAUUUCUUGCGAAACCAAUCUGCCUUAAACAAUCUAGACCUUUCAAACUGCCAAAUUGAUGGACAAUUACCACACUGGAUUUGGGAAUUUACUACACUGACCCGCUUAAAUCUCUCCAAUAACUACUUGAUGACUCUAGAAAGACCUUUUCUCAAUGAUUCCUUCAUGGAGGUGGUGGAUCUAAGCUCCAACAAACUCCAAGGGCAACUCCCAAGAUUUCUCCUACGUUCUGCUAAAUACUUGGAUUUAUCCAGGAAUAAUUUCCACUCGAGUAUACCAACUAGCAUGGGUAAUAUUGUUUUCCUUUUUCUUUCGAGCAAUAAAUUUUAUGGGAGUAUACCGGAAUCAAUAUGCAAUGCUACACAUCUAUGUGCUCUGGAUUUAUCUAACAAUUUCUUGAGUGGUAUGGUUCCCCAUUGCUUACCUAAGAUGAGCCGGACUAGACGUUUUGGGGAUGACGUAACUAAACUAGGGGUGCUGAAUUUAACGCAAAACAAUCUCUCGGGCAAAAUUCCUGAUACGUUUCAAAGCAAUUGUGGUUUGCAAACUUUAGAUCUUGCUGAAAACCAAUUAGAAGGAAAGUUGCCAAAAUCUUUGUCCAAGUGCAAAUAUUUGGAGUUCCUGGACAUCGAGAAUAACAACAUUGAGGAUGCUUUCCCAUGUUACUUGAGGAAUAUAUCCACGUUGCGUGUCCUUGUUUUGCGAUCAAACAAGUUCCAUGGACCUAUUGAUUGUAUGGAGUCUAUUAAUGCCACUUGGCCAAUGCUUCAAAUUAUAAACUUAGCUUCAAACAAUUUUAGUGGUAAGCUGACAGAAAAGUCCUUCGGCGUCUUGAAGGCAUUUAUGGCAGAUAAAGAUGAGGCAGAACUAGAGCUCAUUCAUCAAGAGUUUACGAUGUAUUACCCAUGGUAUCAUUUUGAUUAUCAAGAUAAGCUGAAAAUUAUUGCCAAAGGUGUAUCUCUGAAUCUGGUGAAGAUACUAACCGUUUUCACCAUCCUUGACCUUUCAUGCAACAACUUUGAUGGGCCUCUACCCAAAGAAAUUGGUAAAUUCAAAUCACUAUAUGUCCUCAACUUGUCUCAUAAUGGUUUCACAGGCAAUAUUCCACAAUCUUGGGGAGAAUUAAGUAAUCUUGAGUCACUAGACUUGUCAAGCAAUAAGCUUACUGGUGAGAUUCCUGUUCAACUUGCUGAUGGUCUAAUUUUUCUGUCUGUCCUCAAUCUUUCGUUCAAUCAAUUGUCGGGAAAAAUUCCAGAAAUCAAGCAAUUUGCAACAUUCCCAAUAUCUUCCUACAAGGGGAACAUAGGAUUAUGUGGCCUUCCUUUGGAAGAACAUUGCACAGGUGAUGGGCCCGGAUUUUCAACUCCAACAUCUGAAGAAUCUGACUCGAAUUCUGGGAUUGGAAUUGACUGGAACUUCUUAAGUGUUGAAUUGGGAUUUAUUUUUGGUUUUGCAAUUGCUGUUGGGCCUCUUAUGUUUUGGAAGAGGUGGAGGAUGUGCUACUACAAACAUGCUGAUGAUAUAUUUUUUAAAAUCUUCCCUCGGCUAUAUAUUACAAUAGAAAACCGUCGAAGGCAAUCACACAUGAACCACAGAAGAAGAGCUCACAGAAAUCAAGGACGGAGCCAUGAGUGAUAGCUUGAUAGCCAUGAGCCAUGAAUGUUAUCAGAUUUGCAGGUGAUUUAUGGGAGGUCAUGAACGGGAUUUGGAAGCAAAACUGACUGAUGUUGUCUCUAUUAUAUUUUAGCACUCGACUUUUUACUGUAAGAUUGGCAAUAAGUACUGGAUGUAUUUUUAUAUAUAGCUAGCUUUAAGUUUCAUGGAGUGGAUUAUUUAAAAAAAAAAAAGAAAAAUAGUACUACAUUUGCAAA